AUGGACAGUACUGUACCUGUCAUGGAUGGCGCGAUUAAUUUACCACCGUGCAAAAGGGCUACCAGUCGGGCAAAAUCGACUAGACUUUGGAAAAGGGCAAAAGCCCAAUUGAACUCUGAAUGCGAGUUCAGUGAUAUUGAGGAGAAGUUCCCCGAGUUCUAUAUGGAGGUGUACCUGUACUCACACCUGCUCUGCUUCAACCUGGCCGCAAGGCCUCAUAUAAGGCUAAACACUCCUCCAAAACAAUAGAGAUGGACAGUACCAUACCUGUCACGGAUGGCGCGACUAAUUUACCACCGCGCAAAAGAGCUACUAGUCGGGCAAAAUCGACUAGACUUUGAAAAAGGGCAAAAGCCCAAUUGAAUUUUAAAUCUGAGCUCAGGGAUAUUGAGGAGGAGUUCCCUGAGUACUAUAUGGAAGUGUAUCUGUACUCACACCUGCUCUGCUUCAGCCUGGCCGCAAGGCCUCAUAUAAGGCUAAACACUCCUCCAAAACAAUAGAGAUGGACAGUUCCAUACCUGUCAAGGAUGGCGCGAUUAAUUUACCACCGCGCAAAAGCGCUACUAGUCGGGCAAAAUCGACUAGACUUUGGAAAAGGGCAAAAGCCCAACUGAACUCUGAAUCUGAGCUCAGUGAUAUUGAGGAGGAGUUCCCUGAGUCCUAUAUGGAGGAUUCAGAGGAUAUUUCUGAUCCUGAUUAUGAAAUUACUGAUGAAGAGGCAGCUAUUCCCGUUUGGGAUAUACGUCGUGUUAAACCUACCAAGAUUUAG